UGUUUGAAUGUUAGUAUUUUCUUUGUUGUCUUCUGGAGGAUUUUGGGCCCGUGAAAUAGGCAAAAUGAUUGGCCUGCAGCACCCUGUCAUACCUGUCCACCAUCAGUAUGUUGUGACAUCAACUGUCCCUGAAGUGAAAGCCCUAAAAACAGAAUUGCCUGUCAUUCGUGACUUAGAAGGAUCAUAUUAUCUAAGGCAAGAAAGAGAUGGUCUUUUAUUUGGUCCAUAUGAAAGUCAGGAGAAGAUGAAGCUGCAGGACUCUUGGGUCACAAAUGGAGUCCCACCAGGUUUUGGAAAAGAACUUUUUGAAUCUGAUUUAGACAGAAUAAUGGAAUAUAUUGAGGCUGCUAUGGAAAUGGUUCCAGUUCUGAAACAAGCAAACAUCAUAAACACAGUUUCAGGUCCUAUCACUUAUUCUCCAGACAUUCUUCCUAUGGUGGGACCACAUCAAGGCAUCAGAAAUUAUUGGGUAGCUAUUGGGUUUGGGUGAGUAAAUUUGUUGUGAUG